AUGGCGAAUCCACAAGAGAAACUAGCGUCGAUUGACCAAACGACGCCGUUGGCAGACAAUUAUAAUCAUCUUGGAGAAAAUGAUCAGUGCACCGAAGAGGCGGCUGUGAAGACUUGCGGUUACUGCGGCUGUUUCGGAGAACUUUGCUUCACGUGGCAGCGAAGCAACACGAGUGGCUGUACGAAUAGAAGUCUGCUUCAUCGACGACAACAAGAAGAGGGGGAGAUGCGAGAAAGUUGGUGGAAGAAAAGAGUGAAGAAGGUGAAGGAGAUAUCAGAGUUUAUAGCAGGGCCAGAAUGGAAGACUUUAAUUAGAAGAAUUAGUAAUAGUCUAAAUGAAAUUAACAUGAAGAGAAAGAGCCAUAUGCAGUUUCAGUACGAUCCUCAAAGUUAUAGACUUAAUUUCGAUGAUGGGUCAGAUUAUGGUCUCUGA